CCAAACAAGGUCUUAAAAGAUUUAGACAAUUUUAGUUGAAUCCUGAGUUACCAACCCGCCACCGUCCACCGCUCCCUAAGCCACCAACCCAUCACUGCCGCCGAAGAAUCUCUCUUAUCACGGCUUCUGGAAGUUCUCCUGACCGGCGUCAAACGUGAGGCUAAGUGGUACCACCUCUCAGGUUUGCAGGCUCCCCUUUCUCCCACCGCCGGCGACAGCAGUGGACGCCGCUCCUCUUCGGUGACGGACGCCGGCAACAAGUGAUUAUCCUGACUCUGGGAGCUUGAUAUUGCUGGACCAUGAACACCCCUAGACUGACCUGUGCUAUAGGGACUUGGGCCAACGUCAUUUAAAUAUCUAACCACAAAUUGGAAUGCAGGAUUUGCUUUGAGUAGCUUUUGAGGAGGUUGAGAGAAAGAAUGUGUGGUUUCAGAGCAACGGUUGCUCUCCGCACAUUUUGUAAAUUAAAACACCGUUACCACCAUGGAGGUGAAACCCACACUGGCCAUUCAGAGUUCACCCGACAUCUUACCACAGCCACCACAAGAGGUUCUGGUUAUAUGGAUCCUGUUAGAAGAUCAUCUAAACAUUCUAUGAAAAUCCGAAAAAUUGUUAAGGCACUUCGCUAUGGUGACAGAAGAAAGGCUUCUGACUUACUUUUGGGUUUUGCUCAGAGAAGCCCUUCAUUAAGAGCUGAUGAUUUUCUUCCUAUUUUUAAGUGCUGUGCACAAUCUUGUGAUCCGUUGUUUGUUAUGGAGACUUGGCGGUUAAUGGAGGCCAAAAACAUUAGCCUGAAUGAUAAAUGUGUCUCUCUUAUGACUCAGACCCUAUGUAAGGGGGGUUACUUGGAAGAGGCCUUUAAUAUGGUGGAUUUUCUUGGAGAAAGUCAUGACUUCCAUCCAGUUCCCUCUCUGUAUAAUUUUUUAUUAACAUCCUGCGUUAAAGAGAAGAAUAUAAUUCAUGCAAGAAAAUGUUUGGAAUUGAUGGAAAAGCAGAUGGCAGGGAAGAAUGAAAUCACAUAUAUAGAGCUUCUCAAGCUUGCAGUUUUGCAGGAAAACUUGUCCACGGUUCAUUUAAUUUGGGAGGAUUAUAUUAAAAACUACAGCAUGAGUAUGUUACCUCUGAUGAAAUUCAUUCACUCUUUUACAGCAUUGAAAGAUUUAAAAUCUGCUUAUAAAACACUACAGCAUAUGGUGUCGUUAGCCAUCAUGGGAAACAUUGGUAUCACUAGAAAGGCUAGUGGGAGGUUAUUUUCUGCUAGAUUGGAUAUCCCUGUACCUUCAAAUAGGGAUUUUAGUUCAACUUUAUUGGAUUUAAAGGAGAACGAGCAACUGGAUUCUUGGAUAUGUCCUGCUUUCCCAGAUGCUAUUUGUGCUAGUGUAGAGCAGGAAGCUUUUCGUGUGGGAAAAAGAGAAGUUAAAACUGCGGCACUAGCUGGCCUAAAUAGAGAAGAACACUCAUUGCUUAAGGAGGUUUUGAUAUGGUCCUUUGAUCAAGUACUAUAUGGGUGUAGACAGCACAAAAAUUAUGAGCUUGUGCAGAAGAUUAUGUUACAGAUGCAAGACCUUGGUUUGGACCCAAGCAGGCAUGCAUAUGAUUGCCUUGUUAGAACAGUUGUUUCUCAAAGACAUUUUAAGGAUGGCAUGGAAAUAUUAAAGAAAAUGAAACAGAAUAAUUUGAAGCCACUUGAUUCAACUUUGGCAGCACUUUCAGUCAGUUGCAGCCGUGCACUAGAGCUUGAUUUAGCUGAGGCUUUCUUGAAUCAGAUUGCAGGAUAUCCACAUCUGUAUCCUUAUGGUGCUUUGCUUGCAGCAUGUGAUGAAAUGGAUCAACCCGAACGUGCUUUGAGGGUGUUUGCCAAAAUGAAGCAGAUAAAACUUGUACCUGAUAUCAGGAUAUACGAGAAUCUUUUUUCAUUGUUUGGCACUGUAAAUGCCCCAUACGAAAAUGGUAACAGAAUGUCACAGGCGGAUGCAUUUAAAAGAAUUAAUGCUAUUGAAAGGGAUAUGGCCAAGAAUGGGAUUCAGCACAGUCAUAUUUCAAUGAAAAACUUGUUGAAGGCCCUCGGAGAAGAAGGAAUGAUAAGAGAAUUGUUCCAAUAUUUACAUGUGGCAGAGAAUCUUUCCAUUUACAGCAACUCUUCUUUGAGAACAGAGAUGUACAACACAGUGUUGCAUUAUCUUGUUGAAGCCAGAGAAAGUCAUAUGGCUAUUGAAAUUUUUAAGAAAAUGAAGAAGUUUGGCUUCCACACAGAUUCGGCAACAUAUGAUAUAAUGAUUGAUUGUUGUAGCAUCACAAGAUGCUUCAAAUCGGCUUCUUUGUUGGUUUCAAUGAUGAUACGUAAAGGGUUUCAUCUGGAGAUUUGCACGUAUACUUCUCUCAUAAAGAUUUUGAUGGAAAAUGAGAAUUUUAGUGAAGCCUUGAAUCUGUUGGAACGGGCCAAAUUGGGUGGGAUUCAACUUGAUGUGCUGCUGUUUAAUACCUUUCUUCGAUCUGCAAGUUACAAGGGAAGGAUUGAUAUAAUUGAGUUUAUUGUGGAGUAUAUGCACAGAGAGAAAAUUCAGCCUGAUCCAGCAACAUGUCGCCAUGUCUUCUGUGCAUAUGUAGCUGCUGGUUUUCACCAUACAGCAAUGGAAGCAUUGCAGGUCUUAACUUUGCGUAUGAUGUCUAAAUACGCCAGCAUACUCAAAGAGGAAGAUUUUCUCGACGAAUUCAUUUUUGCAGAAGAUUCGGAUGCCGAGUCAAGAAUAAUUAAGCUAUUUAAAGAUCGUAACGAGGAACUCUCAGUUGCAUUGUUGAAUUUAAGAUGGUGUGCUGUUGCAGGAUUUCCAAUGCUCAAGUCAGCUGAUCAAAGCCUUUGGGCCAAAAGACUUGAAUCACAAUUCCAUACAAGGAGGCUCUUGGUGCCUGGUCGCAUGAGAUCUUAUCAGUCCUCAAGUUAUUACCACAAUAGGCAGAUAUAAUCAUCAGAGCCAUGGCACCUUCCUUGAAUACGCUUUAGAUGUUUCUGCUGUCUCAAGCUCUGUUGAGAGUAAUUUUUCUGUUCUUGGUUAAGAGCAACUGUUUUCUAUUUUACCAGACCUAGAAACACUUCUCUCUGGUUGCAAUGAUUGUCUUCAACCAAAUGAAGUUAAAUUCUUUUCAAAGUGAACAGCACACUUAGAUUGAGCUGAAAUUGUAUAGAAAUAGAUCAAAUGGAGAAUUAAUAAAAGACCAAUAGGGUUAACUAUUA